AUGGACAUCGUUGCAAGGUGGCCUGGAUCGAGUCAUGAUUCCACAAUUUUUAAUAAUUCUAGAAUCUGUGCUAGAUUUGAAAAUGGAGAUUUUGGAAAUCAUCUCAUAGUUGCUGACAGUGGCUACCAAUGCAGGCGCUAUAUGUUGACCCCAUUACGUAAUUGUAACAAUCCUCAAGAAACAUUGUAUAACGAAUCUCAGAUUAGAACAAGAAAUUGUGUUGAACGCUCGUAUGGAGUAUGGAAAAGAAGGUUUCCUAUAUUAUCAACAGGAAUAAAAGUAAAACUAACAACAAUUCAGAGCAUCAUUGUUGCAACAGCUGUUCUGCACAACAUUUGCUGUACAAAUAACGAAGCUGAUCCUCCAGCGGCGGACAAUUCAAUUAAUGAAGCAAUGAAUAAUGGCUAUGAAAGUGAAAGAACUUCGAACUUUCAAAAUGAAAAUACAUCUGUGCGAAGUUCGCUUGUUAAUGACUAUUUCCGAAGUCUUUUAGGUUAA